AUGCUCGUCAUUCUUUUGUUUCUUCUCGGAGCCGCAGUUUCGACAGGCGCGUCUUCCAUCUACGUUCAAUACCCACUGCAGGAUCAAUUGCCUCUCAUUGCCCGUGUAAACGCUUCGUAUUCUUGGACAUUUGCCAGCGACACCUUCGUUUCUUCGGACAAUGCUCGUCUUAACUAUACAACUUCAACCCUGCCUGCAUGGCUCUUCUUCGACCCUUCGACGCUGACUCUUCAUGGCACCCCGUCUCCCUCUGACGAGGGGACCCCGGGCUUCAGCAUAGUUGCCCACGACCCUGUGUCAUCUAGUUCUGCGUCUUCCUACAUGACUCUGUGCGUGACGCCAUACGCUCCGCCUAAUCUCCACGUCCCGGUUGCACAACAAUUCAACGCCAGCAAUCCUUCUUUGUCCUCUGUGUUCCUCCUGUCCCCUGAUUCUGCACUGGACACCUCUAAUCCCUCCCUACGCAUCCCGCCUAGUUGGUCGUUUAGUGUUGGAUUUCUCUAUGACACCUACAUUACAGACAACGAUCUGUACUAUGCUGGUCUGCAGGCUGAUGGUACACCGUUGCCGUCAUGGAUUACUUUCAAUCCUGACGAAAUCACGUUUGACGGCGUCUCGCCAUCUCUGCAGAAUUCUACUUCCCCGAUGACAGUCUCUCUUGCCUUGCAUGUCUCAGAUCAGGAAGGUUAUUCUGCCGCAUCUUCACCGUUCGAUCUUGUCGUUGCGGCGCACGAGUUGUCUCUGUCUACGGCUUCUCUACCGACAAUCAACGUCACUGCCGCAACGCCGUUCAACUUCAGUCUCAACUCGCCAGACGACUUCUAUGGCGUGCUGAUAGAUGGCCAGCCAGUGCAAGCCUCUGAGAUCCUGAACUUGACAAUCGAUACAUCCCACUAUUCGAACUGGCUCCACUACGACUCUGGCAGCAGAACACUGACUGGAAAUCCACCGACUUCCAUUACCAGCAGUUCGCAGGACCCCGUUCUACCGGCGACGGUAACCUCAAUUAACCAGACCAUCCAGACGAACGUGUCUCUGGCCAUCGUCCCGUCGUAUUUCUCUACUGCGGUUCUACAACCUGUCCUGGUGCUUCCGGGUCAUGCUUUGAGCUACGAUCUCGUUCAAUACUUCUCAAACAGCUCCGGCUUGGGUAUUCAACGUAACGACGUCAAUCUCACCGCGGCUUUUGACCCGCCCUCUGCUGGCAACUAUCUGAAUUUUGAUGCUACUUCCGCUCAACUCACGGGUACCGUCCCUGCCAACCUCUUGUCUUCUGGGGCCAGUUACAGCCACAUCUCUGUGACCUUUACCGCUUAUUCACAUGUAACACACUCGACGUCUCAUACAAGCCUUCCGAUCUCUCUGUCAAACGCCGACUACUCUAAGCAGCCUUCGCAUGGCCUCUCUCCAUCUGCGCGGGAGAAGAUGCUACUGGGUCUCAAGAUCGCCUUCGGUAUCAUCAGUGGACUCGUCAUCCUAGGCAUGGCAUUGGCAGUGUUCCGUCGGUGUGCACGGGUUCCCGACAACGCUGUUCUGGGCGAAGAGGGCAGGAACGCGUGGACGGAAGACGAAAUGAAAUGGUACGGUAUUGGCAUCAGGGUGGACGGCGCAGUCCACGAAGGCCCUGCCAGCGAGCUGAACGGUUCUAACGGAACAAUCGUCUCGGAGAAGGGUGUCCAAGAAGGCUCGGAGAAGUACGGGAAUAUUGGUCUGGGUCUGCACCGCGUCCUCACACGCACGGCGUCUAAUCCACAAUCGCACGCCAGCCCACUGAGCCCUGGCGUCAUGCGCAAGGGCGAGUUCGUUGGCAGGCUGAAGGCGACAGCGCGGAUCGUCAGCGACAAGUAUCGCAGCAUCAGCGACACGUAUAAGCGCGCCGUCGGCCGCUCGAAAAGGCCGGUCAUAUCUAAGCCCAUACUCAUCAUGGCCAGUGAUAACCGUGUGAGCACUCCCGGAGGUCCAGCUAUCGACGGAUUGCCCAUCAACAGCGGGCCAAGCGCGCUGGAUGCAGUGUCCAGGCGGCAUCCCCAGGCAAUUCCUUUUGAGGACAUGGAUCUCAGUCAAUACGCACCCAGUGGUAUCACCAGCAUGGCCAACUCCCCCUCGUCUUCCACAGGCGAGCGUUCCAUUCCCCGGCGUCGUGCGGACUUCGUGCCACCGAAAGUGCCGACACUUCCUCAAGCACACCUGGACGAUGCGCAUGCUCACAAGCCCUCUGUCGACUCGGUCGGAUCGGACACUUCGUCGCUGGCAUCCAACUCUUCCGCUCGUACACAUGAGGUAGAUGCAGUGGUGCAGACUGCGACGCGCGCCAACAGCGUGCACAGCACAAGCGUCCUCUCAUUCCUUUCGGCUGACACCAGGAACGUGCCGGAAUCCGGUCGACCGCGCCUCGUACCGUUCACGAGUGCUAGCCGCGUCCCAGUUCCCAAGUUGCCCUCUGCGCUUCUCAACGGAGAACCCGAUAAGUCCGUCCCUGCAAGUGCUAAUAGUGCCGGGAACAAGAGGCGAAGCAAGCGUGUGGUGAGCCAAGUGGCCAAGGUCUUCCGCGAUGCACAAGGGGAGCUGCGAGCUGCGGAGAAGGGCACCGACGAAUUGGCAGUGGGAAUCACCUAUGUGCGUGCGCUGGGCGAUGAUGCGCAGAGCGCAGGUUCGCUUCCGCAUUCCCCGUCUGGAUCGUUUUCUCUGGAAUCGUCGUACCACGGACAUGAGCGCCCCACCAGCACUGGUACCAGCGUGAAGAUACCCAUCGUCCCGAGGAUGCUUGCAAGGACGGGCGAACAGUUCAAGUUCCGCGUGCCGGUAUCAUACAACGCAGGGAGUCCAACGACUAAAAAACCGAAGGCUCUUGUCGCGCGACUCAUCUCUGGGAAGGCGCUUCCGAAAUUUAUUAAGAUCGACUUGGAUGCGGUCGCUAGCGGCGCUGGUGCGCGUCUCGAGAAACGUGUCGUCGAGUUCUGGGGCGUUCCGCAGGCACGGGACGUGGGUGAGCUGAAUGUGGGUAUCUAUGAGAAGGUCGGCGAGAAGUGCGUGGGGAGAGUGAUCAUUGAGGUGGUCGAGAGGAGUUGA